UUUCUAGCCACGUAGCAGCUUUGAGCCACGAGAUCCCCAGCCGACAACUUCUUCGUCUUCCUUCGAUCUGAAGUUUCUUCAUUUCUUCUGAGCCUUAAGUAGCGCUCUUUGCCUCUCGCUUCUGUAAAUUAGUUAAAUGGCUUCUUCGAAGAACCCUCAAAACCAUAGUUCUCUAUAUCCCCAAGUCAUCGAAUCAAAUCCAGAAGCUACUUCUCCCUUCCUAUCAUCUAACUCCAAAUCUUCUUCUUCUAUGUAUCCGACGGUGGAUACGUCGGUGCCGACGAAGGACCCGAAACCCUAUUCUUCUUCUACUUCUUCCCUCUAUCCUUCGUUGGAUAUUACAGACCUCGCCGAAAAUCUUUUUCCAGACAUCGAUGAAGAUGGUAAGAACCCAAAGUCUCAAGCCCCUUCCGCCCCAAUCGAUUCGGUGGAAGAGGUUCUCAUCAAGGUUCCAGGCGCCAUUGUCCAUCUCAUCGACAAACAGUACAGCGUCGAACUCGCUCACGGUGAGUUGACAAUCGUUCGUCUUCGGCAGGGUGAGAAUGUUGUGGCUGUUCUUGCCCGUAUUGGUGAUGAGAUCCAGUGGCCUCUGGCCAAGGACGAGCCUGCCGUCAAGCUUGACGAAUCCCAUUACUUCUUCUCCCUUCGUGUUCCGACGGGAGAUGGAUCAGAUUCAGGAGAGGAUGAAAACCAUGGGAACGAUGAAUCGGAGAAUUUGUUGAAUUAUGGUCUGACAAUUGCGUCCAAGGGGCAGGAGAGCUUGCUUAAGGAGCUGGAUGGAAUUUUGGAACGUUAUAGUGCCUUCUCCUUGCAGAAGGUGUCGGGUAAAGCCCAUUCGGAAGUCUUGGAUGGAUCAAUGGCGAAGGAGAUGGCUCCGUCAGACUUGAAAUCAGAGAAGAAAAAGGAGAUGAUGGAGGAGAGAUCUGCGGCUUACUGGACGACGUUGGCUCCCAAUGUGGAGGAUUACAGUGGGUGUAUUGCCAAGGGGAUUGCUGCUGGUUCUGGGCAGGUAAUCAGGGGGAUUCUCUGGUGCGGUGAUGUUACUGUCGAUAGAUUGAAGUGGGGGAAUGAAGUUCUAAAGAAAAGGAUGGGACCCGGUACCAAAGAGGAGAUCAGUCCUCAAACUCUGAAGAGGAUCAAAAGGGUUAAGAGGAUGACCAAGAUGUCUGAGAAAGUGGCAACUGGCGUUCUUUCUGGGGUGGUGAAGGUUUCUGGUUUCUUUGCUAGCAGUAUCGUAAAUUCAAAAGCCGGCAAGAAAUUUUUCAGUCUCUUGCCGGGGGAAAUCGUCCUUGCUUCCCUUGAUGGAUUUAAUAGGGUAUGUGAUGCUGUUGAAGUAGCUGGAAAGAAUGUGAUGUCUACGUCCUCAGUUGUGACAACUGGGCUUGUUUCGCAGAGGUAUGGAGAGGAAGCCGCUGAGGCAACCCAUGAAGGGUUUGAUGCUGCUGGGCAUGCUAUAGGUACUGCUUGGGCCGUCUUUAAGAUACGCAAGGCACUCAAUCCAAAGAGCGCCGUUAAAGCCUCCACACUGGCAAAAACUGCCGCUAAAGCAGCAGCUGCUGAGGUGAAGGCUAAAAGUAAAAAGUAGCACUGAUAAGAGCUUCUUGUUGUUACUGCUGCUCUUUGUUAUUUGUUGGCCGAUAAUUUCAUGUAACACCAAAGCUCUUGUUUUGGGUGCUGGAGAUACGUAAGGCAUUUAGGUAUAAGUAAAACUCAACAGUGUUACAGACGCACCAGAUGU